CCGCAUCGUAUAUAACAACUUCCGACUUGUAACCCACGUGUUGAAAAGUGCUCGGAUCUGACUUGCACAAGAUAUUGGGUGUUUUAUAUGAUAGCUGGUAUACAGUGACGUGAGCGAGGAUGGCGACGUCUCUAGCCCGUCAGCUGCAGCAGUUGGCUGUCCCUCACACACAGGCCAUACUCGGGGAAGACAAGCGGAAAGUCUCUCUUCUCUUCGACCCCAAAGAUGCUGCUACAUUUGAUAAAGAAACCUUCUAUGCCCUUGGUGUGAAUGGUAUUGAGGAGCUGGAGGGUAUUGAUCCCUCCUUCCUGGACUUCCAUGAGAGUCUAUUCAGCGAGGGCUCCCUCACCUUCGAGAGAAGCGUCCAAUCCAAGGAAGUCAACAAAAAACUCAACACCGUCAUCUCCAAAUUUCUGCUGAAACUAUCUCCAUUUUUCUUACUCAAGGCAGCCCAAAAGUCUGUUGAAUGGUUAAUUCAGAGAUAUCACAUCCACUUCUACAACGUGGAUGACCUGAUGAUGUGUAUCCUGCCCUAUCACGACACGAAGAUCUUCGUCCGAGCUGUCCAGUUGCUGGAUCUCAACAACAAGGAUGUCCGACACUGGAGCUGGCUGCAGUCCAUACAGAAACCCGGAGUGCACCUAGCAAGGUCCACCUUGAUCAGCCAUUGUUGGAAGAACACAGCCUUCCUCUCUUUCCUCUGUGAUAUGGUGCCGAAGUUUGUAAAGGCCAAUGAGGAUGCAGAAGACACCAACAGCCCUCAGUUUCUGAAGACUGUCUUCUCCUUCUAUGCAAUGACUGUCAUAUCUGUGCUGGACGUCUACAAAGUCAAUGAACGUCUGCUGUCUGUUCUCAUUGAGCCAAUAGGACGAGGCCUACAGUCUCGAAUUCGAGCCUAUCAGGCAGCCUCUUACAUGAUCAUGGCAGAGCUGUUUCACAAGGCAAAGGUCAAGAAGGACCUAUCAGAAACCUUCAUACAUCUUGUCUGCAAAUUCAUCAACCCCCAGAUGGCUACAGAGGCGGUCACCUGCAUCCUCAUCAUAUUUCAGACUCAAGAUGUCACCAAACUGCAUAAGAAGAAUUUCAAGUACCUCUCCCGCCAGCCCACCCUCGCAUCAGUCAUCAAGAAGCUGUCAGAAACCUACAACGUCCAGCCUCUUCUGCAGCCUCUCCUCGGGAACCUUGUGCCUGCAGCAUUCAAAGAGUCCGCUCUCAACAUCAUCAGCAGCGACAGCAGCGAAGACGAGGGUGGACCACGACCACAGCUCAUGUCACUGCUGCAGGAUCUCUUGACGAACGUGGCACUGCAGGAGAAUACCGCCAUUGGUGUGGCAAAAAACGUCCUGCGUAACUUCAUCUCGAACCUUCUGCGCGACCAGGACCACCAAGAGUCUCACCACACCACCGUCCGAGGCAUCGUCAGGCAGCUGGAGGCCAAGUACCCGAAUGCUCUGGAUAUUGCCACGGAUGAUGUGAUGCUGUCCACAAGUUGCCAGGAAGAGAAAGAAGCCAUCACUUCCUUCCUGAACUUGUCGGCCAUGACAACCCAGCACCAGAUCCUCCCUGACAACAGCACCAGUCUUGUCCUGUGUCUCAACCACCGACAGGCCUCGGUCAGACAGAGUGCCGUCACCUACAUGCUUGAACACAUGGGGAAGCUUGAGGACACUGACUUCAUUUCCGAGUCAGUACUGGCACGACUGCGAGAUGACAACCCGGAGAUCGUGAAGAUGAUUCUGCAGUAUGAGAAGCUGCUUGAUCUGGUGGAUGACAAGGCAGAGCUCCAGAGUUGUCUGCUGCAGCUGCUCCAGACGUACAGCACACCACCAAGCAGCCCCAUGUGCCCCUACAUCCUCAAGUGGGUGUGUGAGGAGAAGGCUGUCUCGGAGGACGUCGCCCUGGUCGCUGUGGUAACUCACCUCUUCCUCCUGUCAGGGCACAUGUCCCAGGUCGACCUGGUCAAGCAGGUGUUUGAGUCAUCCCUGGCCAAGAGGAACAAGCUUCUCAAAGCAUUAAAGAAAGAUUGGUUGCCUUCUUUCUUGAAAGUUGUUGGGUCCGGUCGCUCUGUGGACAGUUUUGUUGGUAUGAAUGAGAUGCUGACAAAGUGUCUCGGUCAGGCGAUGCUGGGGUGUCAUGGCUCUGACUCCGUGAAACAGUUCCGAGCUCUGUAUGAUCUGAAAGACUCUUCUCCGAGACUGGGUGCUUUCACAUGCCUGGUGAUGACGGCCAUGUGUGAAUCUAUGACCACUACUGAUGAUGACAAGCUGAAGAUACAACUUGGCCUUGAGCUGCUCCACAUUGUGCAGAAGGUCACACUGGACAAGAAGCUGAUGUCCACCAAGCACACCAUCUCCUCAUCGGGGAAGAUAUCUCUCAAGUCUGUCCUGCAGAGCUGUGUGGUCAACUUCAAGAAGAACGGCAAGAUUCCCCCCGAGGUGAUGGUGCACCUGCUGAGGCAGCUGAUCAGGUCGAUGACCGUACCAGAGGAGCUGUUGAAAACAGACUUCUGGUGUUUCCAUGGUGAUGGGAGGAAGGUGGAUGAUUGGCUGAAGACAGUGGUCCAGCUGUUUAACCUACUGCUAGAUCUCGUGGAUGAACAUGCUACCCGAGCACAUGGGAAGAGCCUGGUUGCUGCUUUGAUGAAAACUGUUUUCCCUGACAAGCUGCAGCUGCUGAAGCUGUUCUGCCUGCUAUGGACCCAGCAUGCCAACCCGCACAGAGCGGAGCUGGACCUGUCCGAGCCCCUCCAGGCCCGGGCUCUCUGUCUCGGCUUCAUGCAGCUGCAGGCCAUAGAGGAGAAGACAGCUGUGCAGGUCCUCGACAGACCAGGCCCAGUGUUGUGCAGUCUGCUGGUGGUGUUCUCCAGCCCCCAUGAUCGGCUCCGGGAGCUCGCUCUACACUGCCUCGGCACUCUCUACAAGCAGUGUGGCACAAAUACCGCCCUGUACAAGUCACUCCUGGAGACUGUCCUACUGAGUCAGGAGGAGCUGUGCAGUGAUCCAACCUACAUGGCACAGGUGUUUGUAAACAUGAUCGAAAAGACGGUGGCAAAAGAAAAGAUGUCUUCUCCCAAACAGCGACGCAGGAGGUCACGCUCACAUUCCUUUGUAUCAGGGGCUGUCGAAAACUUAUUGGAGGUUCUAGUUACCAAGACAACGCCCCUAUGGAUCGUCAGACCACUUCUUGGAAUCUUCCAUUCUGUCAACAAUGUGGAAAACAUGACACAGUUACUUCCCUUACUUGACCGUCUGCUCCAAGUCCCUGAGGACAAGUUUGGUGGCUUGGAGCUGGAUUGUGUGGAACUGCUGCUAGGCAGGUACACCUCGGAGACCAUCGCCUGUGUCCAGGAUGCCAGUCUGCCUCUCAACGUCCUUGUGAAGGCCAUUGAGUCGCCACUCAACCCAGUGCAGUCCGGCCGAUCGGUUGCAGAGAUGGCCAUUGAUCAGAUAAGUCGUGAAGUGUACGAUGGUCUACCUACCAGAUCAGUACAACAGGCCAUCCUAAGCAGCCUCUUCACUGCCUGGCUCAACACCGCCAACAUCAACGUGUCCAACAGCGUCCGCAAGACUGUCAAGAAAACUCUUCAUCUUCAAGCAGAACAUAUUAUAUCUGAACUGAAACCAGUUCUACAGAUAUCAACUGCUCGCAAAGUCCGAGAAGCUAAACGACAGAGAAAGCUUCCAGAGGAGGAGAGCAGCACACUAGCUGUGUUUGAUCGUCCUGAGUGGCAGCGAGUGGUCAUCAUCCUGGAGGCUGUCCAGGACAAGAAGAAGCUGGACAACAGAGCCCAACUCAUCCCCGUCUGCUUCCAGGUCCUGGCCAAAGCGCUUGACCUGGAGGACCACAACAGUGCGGAGUACAUUAAGCAGUUGCUGCUGACCACCAUCUACAACCUGUGUAACAGGUUCAACACUGACCAGGAUGGAGGUUCCAUCCCCGAGGAACACUUCAGCAUGGAGCUGAUCGUUCAGUGUAUCCGGACAUCGGACAACCCACAGACUCAUCAUCAGGCCCUGCUCGUGCUGACUGUGUCCGCCAAGAUAUGCCCAGAGCACCUGCUGCACAACAUCAUGACAGUGUUCACCUUCAUGGGCGCCAACAUCCUGCGCCAGGACGACAGCUACAGCUUCCACGUCAUCAGCAAGAUCCUGGAGAACGUCAUCCCCGCACUCAUCAGUACAUGUGAAGGGAAAUCCUCUCCUCGGAAAUCUAGUCUGACUAGCAAACCAGAGGAGGUCAUCACCAUGGUGAUGCGUGUCUUCGUCGACGCCUAUCCCUAUAUCCCACAACAUAGGAAGUUGAUGCUGUACACAAAGCUGGUGAGGAUUGUGGGACAGAAGCAAUACCUGUGGAGAUGCCUGCUUCUGUUUAUCGAGCAUGUGGUGACGCGGGAGCGUAGCGCCAGGCCGGACGACUCCCAUCUCGUUCUGGAAGAGAAGAUGUCGGGACCUAUAGCACCUGCGGAACUAGAAUUCAUCCUGAGUCUGUCAACCUCCUUCUCACCAGCAACCCAGCUUAUGGCGGCCCGGGAUGCUAUUGUGUAUAUCUCCCAGCUGCCGGAUGACAAAGAUGACACAGUGAUCAAGGCUAAAAGUGUGCCUCAGUCCCUGGGGUCCUUGAAGAAGGAGGACAGUGAGAUCUUCAGUGUACCCUUCCACACUGCCAAGCAGCUGCGGCACUUCAAGUAUGCUGGCGUCCAUCUGUUCGUCGCCCUCCUCUCUCAUCAGCAGUUUGUGUCACAGGUUGCAGCCAAGGAGGGGAAGAAAUCACUGCAGAAGAACUUUGAGUCUCUUCUUGAGACGCUUCUCCAGUACAUCAGCCAGAUCUCCAGGACUGUGGACAAGCACCAGAACAAACCCACCUCUCGCUUCUGGAAGGCCUACCUCCACAAGGCUUAUGACAUGAUCGAUAAGAUCGCCUGCCUGCUGCGGGACCACGUGUUUGUGGAGGUGAUAUCGGGGCUGCUGAAGCACGGCCUGCCCACUGUCCAGCGCAAGGCCAUGGAGCUCCUCAACUCACGCCUCCAGCAGGUCAAGGACGUUGUGGAUAAGGAACAGGAGAAAAUCAUGAUGGGGCUGGUUGAUGAACUGUCUGCCAUAGUGAAACAGACAACUCUGGACUCCGAUGACCUUGAGGAGACAGGGGUCAAUGGUCAGACAGCUCUCUACAGCCUGAAGGUGUUGUGUCGUCUGCUGGGCACUAAACACCCUGACAGGUUUAUCAAGGUUCUGCAGCUCACUUGCAAGGUCCUGACCAAGAGGAAGGACAGCCCUAAUGUGUUGGCGUGUGCACUGCUGUGUGUUGGGGAGAUCUCGGCCGACCUCAAGGUCCAUGUCAUCCCCCACCUCCCCACGUUCAUGCCCAAACUCCUCAAGAUCCUGGGCCGCACUGAAGAGCUGGCUGGGAAUGAGCUGCUGCUGCAGAGUUGUGUGACGGUCGUCAACAAGGUGGUGGAGAAUCUGCCGCACUUCCUCAGCCCCUACAUCCUGGACAUCACCAAACAUUACUGUCUCCUGUCUGGAGGGGAAUCUCCUCAGAAGCCACAAGUUCAGCAGCGUCUUCUAGCCAUUCGUCACGCGAUGGCCACAGUUCUACCAACACGUGUCAUCCUUCCAACCGUUGUGUCAUGCUACGAGUACCUGGUGGAAGAACAUCAAGAAUGUGUGGAGUGUCUCAUGUCUCUGCUGGAGGCCCACAUCAAGGAGAUGAACCGAGAGGACCUUGCCAGCUUCCACAACGAGAUCCUUGCCUUCUUCUUCAUCUGUCUCGACUUCAGGUCAAACUAUCCCAAGGAAUCACUGAGCAGGAUAAACCAGAUUGAAGACUCGGUGAUCAACACAGUCAUCUGUAUGGUGAUGAAGAUGUCGGAGGCAACUUUCAGACCCAUGCUCUUCAAGGUGUUUGACUGGGCAACCCGACAAGAUGACACGAAGAUGCGGGUCCUGGUGUUCUACAGGCUGGCAGACAGACUGGCGGAGAAGUUGAAGAGUCUGUUCACGUUGUUUGCCGGGUACAUUGUGAAGCAUGCUGCAGAGGUCCUGGACCAGAACAACACCAGUAAAGGAGAUGGCAGGUACUUCGGGAAGGGCAAGCGGUCCAGGAAGAUGUCUUCCCAGCUGUUGUCCUGUGUGCUGGACACUCUAUACAAGUGCUUCCUUCAUGACAGUGACGGCUUUGUGACAGUCGAGAGGUUCGACACACUCAUGCAGCCAAUCAUUGACCAGAUUGAGAACACCCAGGGAGAUGAGGAGAAGUACAAGAGUCGAGUUUCUCAGAAUCUGGUUCCAUGUAUCGGCCAGUUUGCUGUGGCAGCUCGAGAUGACUCCCUCUGGAAAUCCAUGAACUACCAGAUCCUUCUGAAGACAAGGAACCCCUCCCCCCAGGUCAAGUUUGCCUCCCUGGAUGUAAUAGAAGAGUUCCACAAGAAGCUUCUGGACGACUUCCUGCCACUGCUGCCCGAGACCAUUCCUUUCCUCGCGGAACUCAUGGAGGAUGAAAACGAGGAAGUUGAAAAACGCUGCCAGACUGUCAUAGCUGACAUGGAGAGGACCCUGGGAGAGCCUCUACAGAAAUACUUCUAAGUGGAGCAUGGCUGCUCCUCCUGCAGCCAGUGUUAACAUCAUCAGCUUUGGUAAUAAAAGAUUUAUAAAAA